GCUCAAGUGGUAGUAAUAUCUAUUCCCAUGAAGAAGAAGGAAUGGGUAAAGAUAGGCCUAAAGCAUAUAGAAGAAGAGUGAAAUGCAAAACGCGAUAUAUAAUAUCUGAUGGUAAAUCGUUUUGAUGAUAGAUAUUGCUCUGGAUUCGCAAAUUGGGGCUUCGCUGUUGCUUACACAACCCAUAAUUACUCUCUCGUCGGAUUCUGCUCUAACUUUUUCCAAUUCUCAAUUCUCAAUUCUCAAUUCUAGGGUUUGCGAAUUUCAAAUUCUCAACAGGACACAACUUGUUCCUAAAAUCUAAAUCGUAGAUGCCUUCGCUUUCGGACAAACAACUGGAAGAGCGGCUUACCACAGCUGGGAAAACUCUUGCUCACCCUCCUUCCUCGCUCGAUCAACUCCUCCCUCUUCUCGAUGGAGUUGAGGAACUUCUAUCAAAAGUGGAGCAGUCUCCUCCCAAAACAAUGCAAACUGCCCUUUCUCCACUAACGGAGGCUCUUGCCAUGGAGGCACUCUUAGAGCAUUCUGAUAUUGAUGUAAAAGUAGGUGUAGCUUCUUGUAUCAGUGAGAUAACCAGGAUCACUGCCCCAGAUGCUCCAUAUGAUGAUGACAAGAUGAAGGAUGUCUUUCAAUUGAUUGUAUCAUCCUUUGAGAAUUUGUCAGACGUUUCCAGCAGAUCCCAUGAUAAGAGGGCCACUAUACUAGAAACUGUGGCCAAAGUAAGGUCCUGUGUAAUCAUGUUGGAUUUAGAAUGUGAUCAGAUGAUUGUUGACAUGUUCCAACACUUCCUGAAAGCUAUUAGAGAUUAUCUUGAUGAACCCAUUAUUGCAAACAUGGAAACUAUUAUGACUCUUGUCAUAGAAGAAAGUGAAGAUAUCUCCCCGGAUCUACUUGCUCCAAUUUUGGCUACCUUGAAAAAAAACAAUCAGGAUGUUACACCAAAAGCAAGGAAAUUGGCUGAAAGAGUAAUAAAGAACUCAGCUGACAAGCUUAGACCUUAUUUAAAACAAGCAGUAAUAUAUUUAAAAACUUCAUUUGAUGAAUAUAGUGAAGUUGUAGCUUCUGUGUGCGAAAAGAACACUGUUACUGUUGGGCAUAGUAAUGAGAGCCUCGUUGUUAAAGACCUUCCGGUAGUCGAGGAAAAGUGUGCCAAUGCAUCUCCAGCUAAGGAUCCAGGAACUUCGGUGGCUCAGGAUGAUGGGGAAGGGACCAACUAUCAGGAUAAAGAUUCCACUGCUAUCAGAUCACCAAAAUCAGUUGUGAGUAAUGGCAUCAAUGAGAUUAAGACCAAUGAAAUUACAACUGAGGCAAAUGCUUCAGAUAAGGUUGAUUCUGAAGGCCAACAUGAUGCAAAUUCAACAUUCAAAGCAGAAACUGAUGAUUGUGAUACACAUAAACCUGAGAAAAUGGAAGCUGAAGCUGAAGUUGAACAAGUGCAAGAGGAAGCAGAAAACCAUGUUACUCCAGAUAGAGAUGUACAUACUUCUCUGAUUGAGGUUAAACCUGUGGAAGAUCCUGAAUCCUUGGACGAAGCAGUGGACGGAAGUGUUGAUGCUUUAACUGAAGCAUCUAAACUUGUUGAGGCUCACAUUGAAGUGUCUAAACCCAUUGAAGCUGUCACUGAAGCAUCUCCGGCACAAAGUGAAAGCCACCCUGAUGAGAGCCUAUCUGAAACAGAGAUAAAAGAAACUAGGGAAGAAAAGUUUGACGAUGAAGAGACGGUAUCUGUUGAUACUGCUCCUAGGAAAGCAUCUGAAGAAGAGUCCAUUUCGGAAGUAAAGAAGCAACGUCAUUCAGGAAAGAAGCUAACUGAUGACUCGUCUGACAAGGAUAGAGCAUCGACUGAUAUAGUUGCAUCAAAGAAUGAUGAUGGCUAUGCAAGUGAUUCUGAAGAGAGAUCACUGGACCAGGCAGAAAAGCCAAAGGAUGCUAGUAAUAAAAAAGAUCAUGGAUCCACAUUGAGGAAGGGAGAUGUAAAAAAGAGUGGACGUGGCAAAUCUACGUCUGAUAAAAAGACUCCAAAAUCUUCAGCAAAGGCAUACCAUGGGAAGGACACAAUUACUCAGAGGAAAUCACAAUUGAAAUCCACUAAACAUGAAGGAGUUCAGGAAGAAACUCCAAGAACAAGCACCAAGAGAAAAAAUACUCCUGGUAAAGGGAAGGCAUCCGAGACCCGUGAGUUAGGGGAGAAUUUGGUUGGUUCAAAGAUUGAAGUGUGGUGGCCGGAAGAUCAGCUGUAUUAUGAGGGUGUGAUUGAUUCAUUUGAUUCUGGAAAGAAGAAGCACAGGGUCUUAUAUAAUGAUGGAGAUGAAGAGAUAUUGAACCUCAAAAAGGAAGAGUGGCGUUUUCUUAACGAGGAUGCGGUUUCAAAUGGGGAUCAGGAUGUUGAGCAUUCAAGUCAUGAUACUUCCUCUGACAUACGAGUAAAGAGGAAAGGUAAUAUGAGCUCUGGAACACCAAGCAAACGCCAAAAGGUGGAGGGUUCAGCUAAAAGCAAACAAAAGGAUACUGCAACAAAAACCGGUGGCAAAUCUAAGGAUGAUGGAAAAGCAGAGUCAGGGUCUAAAGACAGCAACCCGAAGGGCAGUAAAAAAUCCAAGGAUCAAUCUCAGAAAGUUGGGGGCAAAGGUCAAGUUGAUUCUGCCAAAGCAUCUGGGAGAUCUAAAGAGGAUGUCGGCAAAAACUCUAGUAACUUGAAACAAGACAACCUACGGACUCCAAAGUCAAAAGGUGGCAAAACCCUCAGCUCUGGUGGUGCGAGAACAAAAUCUGGCGCAUCAAAGGUGAAAGAAAGUGAUAAGAUGAAGGAGAAAACACCUGAUACUGCAAAAUCAUCAGAAACAGCCAAAGGGAAAGCUAUAGAUGGUGCCAAAUCACGAGAAAGUGAGAGUAAGGUUGGAAAGAAGCGAAGAAAGUGAAUUAUAUGUUGGCAUGGUUAACCUAUUGGGUUGUCUUUUUCACAUGUCCAGUUAUUUUAUAGACUUUGUAGGCUAUAUUAGGCUUGACUUUUGUUAACUGUCUUAGCUUUAACAUUUUUCAUUGUAGUUGGUAGUGGUUAUGUUGGAGGUAGUACUGUUGGUCCUGUGGUUUAUCCUUGGAUGGAUGGAGUUUUAGUCUUAGUUAUGUUUAAUUUUUGAAGCCACUACUCUUUAAGUCUUAUGGUAAUAGAGAAAAGUUCAGCAGCA